GGAAGGUAGAGAAUUGAUUUUAAACUAAUUUAUACAUAUGUUUUGGCAGACUCCCCAGCAAAUUUCAAACCAAGAUCUUAAUCAAAUGCUUGAUGAUUUGGAAUUACCUAAAAGCUCUUCUCUUGAAGCGGCUAUCCAAUUACCUGUUGUUUUUAAAAGAGAUAAAAAUCAAGAAUUUAUGGCUCAGCUCUGUAUCCCUGACGUGUUUACCAGCCAAUCGCUUCUGCUGGCGGAUAAUAAUUUUAGCCAGAUCUGCAACUAUAAUAUUUCAGAAGAGGAAAUUGCCAGCUCGAAACUAAAUAAGAAUAAAUCAAAGAGACCUCAAACGAUUUUUAUACAAAAAUCUCACAGUGGUAGUAAAAAUUUACUGUAUAAAAAUCAGGACGAUGACCUUGAUCUUUUUAUUAACGAAUCUUCUUUCUCAUUGAUUCCUGAGCCUACACUGAAGCAGAAAAACUCAGAAUCGACUGACAUAUCUCAAAGUCUAGAAGAGCUUAACUUACUCGAUCAUAAGGCGAGAGAUGAACAAAUUUCUGUGCUAAAAGAUUUUGAAUACACCAUCAGUUAUAAGCCAAGCAAAGGGCCACGUCGUCGCAAGAGAAUUAUCAAAUGAGGAUAUGGCGACUGUGGGAAGAAGUUCACAAGGACUUGGAACUUUAUUGAUCACGCCAGAAUGCAUCUUGGUGUGAAGCCAUUUUCUUGCAGCCUAUGUAGUGCUAGUUUUACCCAAAAGGGAAAUCUUAAAACUCAUAUGGCCAUGCAUGAAUAA